AUGGAAUUAUGGAUCCUUGGAUAUUUUUUGGUGUCCUAACUGCCAUAUAUGGUGUUUUGUUAUUCUUUGAUCGCUUUUUUAAGAGCUGCAUGCAUUAUCCCUAUGAGGCAUUUCUCACCAAUACCGGUCUCACCGUUGGCAUUUUCCAUCUAAAAUGGCACACCACCGCCUUUAAUCGUUGGGUGCUACGCCUGGGCAACAACAGCGGCAAUUGUUGCCGGCAACUUAUUAAUAAGUCAUUUACAAUUGGUGUACUGGUUGCACUGUCAUUGGUGCCGGUUGGCAUCAUUUUGCUGUUUAUUACCAUAUUUGGUGGUUCUACGCAACAGUCGGAGGUUAGUAAUUUGGGAACGGCAGCAACAUCGAAUGCCCUGAAAACCCAAAAUAUAAAUGUGGAAAUAUUGCUGCCUGGUGUAAAUUUGCCACUGGAGGAAAUCGGUUACUAUGUAGCCACCCUGUUGAUAUCAACGGUGAUACAUGAAUUGGGUCAUGCCCUGGCUGCCGUAAUGGAAGAUAUACCGGUGACAGGAUUUGGGUUUCAUUUAUAUUUCUGUUUACCCGUGGCCUAUACGGAAAUAUCCACCGAUCAUUUGAACGCCUUGAAGUGGUUGAAAAAAUUACGCAUCCUCUGUGCCGGCAUAUGGCAUAAUUUUGUUUUUGCUGGCAUUUGCUAUUUGCUGCUCUCCACAAUGGGUUUUAUGGCCUCUCCCCUCUAUACGCUGAAUAAAAAUGUGAUUAUUACCCAUGUCAGCGCCCAAUCUCCGCUAAAGGCAAAAGGUGAUCGCGGCCUGGUUGAGGGUAAUGUCAUUACCCACAUUAAUGAUUGUCCCGUUUACAAUGAGGAUACAUGGUAUAGUUGUCUGGUGAAUUCAUUGCAUUUUCCAGGCUUUUGUGUGUCAUCGGAUUUUAUCCGUCUAAAUGAUGAGAGUAUUGAAAUAGCCCAUCACAGUUCCGAUGGUACGCUGCAAUGUUGUGGCAGUAAUGCCAAGCUGGGUUGUUUCGAAUACAUUGAUGAUUUCAAUAAUGAUGCACCCGUGGAGAUACCACAACACGUGUGUCUCGAUGUACGGCGCACCAUGGAAGACGCGUAUGGUUAUUGUGCAGCCACCGGCGGUGUGUGUGAAAGGGGAUUUUGUCUAAGGCCAUUGCUGAAGAACACCACCACUAUAAUGGUUUUUAAGAGGCAAUCAUUGAAGGUGGAAGAUGUCCCGCCGCCGCUAAAGAAUGUCAUCUAUAUGGGCCACCCGCUGGAUGUGACACGCAGCAUACGCAUUUCACAAUUUGUACCCAAACAUGAGUACAUCAGCCCCAAAUGGUGUGACAAUGGCAUAUUGUUCCUGAAAUACAAUAUUGUAUUUAGUUUGGGUUUGGCCCUGAUCAAUGCCAUACCCUGUUUUGGCUUCGAUGGUAAUGCAAUUGUUAAUACCAUUGUCAAUAGUUUUCUAGUCAAUCGUAUUAGCGAAAAGGCCAAAAGAGAUGUGAUAUCAUUGAUUGCCACCGGGAUUGGUUCCAUACUGUUUCUAUUGGCCGUUACGAAGGUGCUGUGGUUAAGUUUAAUAAGAUAUUUAUUUUAG